CAGACGCAUUUUUCACACCAUGUCUUCUACUCGAAGAAAGCAAUAUAAGCCCGUAAAAUCUGCCUUUAUCAGCGAAAAUGAAGCUGGAAAUUCAGGGACAAGGCAAUCUGCUACAAAGAGACUUAGGAAAAGAGCGACAUCAUCCAGAAGCAGAAUUAAACAGAUUCUUGAGCCGGUAGAACCUCUCAGACGAAGCACAAGACAAAGAAAAAAGAAACAAUUCUUCUACCCUACAAAAAUUAAAAAGAGAAAGAGUUCGCCAUCAUCAGCCGAACCUCCAGCUGCUGAUAAGGAUGAAGAGAGUUUACCCUCUUCAGAUUCAAUCGAGGUCUCUGAUGUGGAGCCAUCCAGUGGACUGGCUCUCUUGGCUGAGGUCUCAAACGCCGACCAGGCUCUACUUACCACUAAGGCCAAACCAAGCACCCCUGUUAAAAAGACUGCAGCGAGAACCAAAAAAGACAACAUGGCUGGUGAAUCAGCAGCAGCAAGACGCAAACGAGAGCAACCACCUAAAUACAAGGGAUUGUCUGUGGGGAAGAAGGCUCUGCAGAAGAGACGCAAGAUGGUACUGGAUGUGGACAUGCUGCGUAAGCUUUCCAUCGCGAAGCUCAUCAGUAAGUUCUCCGUCUACUCCUACAUGAAGGUACCCAAAGAUGCCUUCACCACUACCAUCCGGCAUUCCUACAGCUGUACAAUGCUUCCAGGCAUAUGCAAUGAAAAGUUCUGCGGUCUGUUGGUCGAUACCAAAAACCAGAUUAAGCGCCAUCUGCUACGCCAUAUUGGUGAGCUGUUGACCAUGACCACACAGAAUAGUCAGAAUUUUACUCUAGACUCAAAGACUGCGGCAGAAGAGCCAGAUAGUGACACGUCUGAUGUAGAAGACGCCUCACCAAGCAAAGCUACUGAUCAGAGCACAGUCACAUACGCCAUUCCAUCAGGUACCAGACAUGUCACAGUCAACCUCCCCAAGUCUAUGGACAUCAAAGAGUCCAGCUACACGGUCAUUCGCUCCUCCACCGGCGUGAACGAGGUCCUGCUUCUUCCAAAGGGACACCUGGUCACACUGUCCAGCAUGGUCGAAGAGCCCAAAUCAAAUCAGCUUGCCAAAGUCAGUUUCCCGCCUCCAUGGGGAGCCAGGAAGUCACCCGUGAAACAGGAGAAGGACUUGACAAGAGUUGAGAUCUUGGAGGAGUAUCUUGAUAGUGAUGGGGAUGAGGGGGAUGAAGAAGAAGAUGAUGAUGAUGCUGAUGAUGAUGAUUUUAACGAUGAGAAUAAAGAUGACAAUACCGAUGAAGACAGGCUGGUUGAGAACUUCCUGAAAGAGGAGGACAACGAUGAGAAGUACAGCCAACGCAAGGUGCUUUGCAAUACCACACAGUUCAUGGAAACAGUCGUAGAAACUAAUGUUCUGGCACCAGAAUCACAGACUGUGGAAUGUGAUAUCGAGAUCAGGACCAAACGAAAAAAGUACACCAAGAAGUAUGAUCUACCUCGAGAGGUUGGCAAGUGCCAAAAGACAUUUGAGAAAAGUGACCCAAAGUUUGUAUCCUUUAAGAGCAUCGAGGCCAUAGAGCCGCCGUAUUCCGAUCACAACUAUGCAUUUAACUUAUAUGAGACACUGGAAGACAGGGACAGAGUGGACGUUCCUCAUUGCGACGCCGAUGGUCAGCCGGUAUCGGAGCCAGAGUUAUCAACGGACGAGCUGUCGUAUUUACACCAACGGCGUCCACGGGGUUUAACUUCAAAGGCCAGAAAGCCUCGCAAGGCUAGAACUCAGAUCCCCAAGGUGAAAAAUAAGAUCAAGAAAGUCGAACCUAAGCCAACCACGGAAGAAGAGAAACGAAACAAGAAGAAAGCCUUAGAAUUACUGAGUGUACUAGGCAAGAAGGCUAGGAAUAGGAAAGGACCAUUCUCAUGUGAAAUCUGUGGUAAGAAAGUAACGGCCGCUGGUACUCUCCGAGCACACUACCGGAGCCACGCAGGAAUCAAACCAUUCGAGUGUAACAAGUGUUCAGCCACAUUUACUCGUCUGCACAGUCUUAAAUACCAUCUGAUGAUACACAACGAGCAGACCCGCUUCAUGUGUGAUCACUGCGGCAGGGAAUUCCGUCACUCCAGUCACUUCAGGGAGCAUCUGAGACGUCAUACGGGCGAGGAGCCCUUCGGCUGUACGGACUGCCCUCUACGCUUUAAGACUAGAAACACGUAUAAGAGACACCUCAAGGCCAAACAUCAGAAGAAGCUGACUGCAAAAGGCAUCUCAUUGAUAGUUAAGAAAGAGUAAGCAAGGUGAUGCCUUGAUUUACGAAAUGAAACUAAGAACAACUUGAGUCAGUGGCUAUCUAAUGGAUGUUGAAUUUGCAUCAGGGAUAAAGAAUAUUUAUUUGGUUUUACCCUUACACUUAUGUGU